AUGGACGAUGGGUCAACCGACGGUAAGAUAACAGUCAACAUUGUUAAGCGCAAAACAGGUGGUGUCGGCUUUUUGGCGGUUAAACGCAAUUUUAGCCCGUAUCUAGCCGUAUCGCACGUUGUAAAAGGUGGCGUAGCUCACGAAACGGGUUUCAUAGAAGCUGGUGACAUUAUUCUUGAAGUGAAUGGAAAAUCUUUGGAAAACGUGCCCUAUCUCACGGCGUUGGAGAUUCUUGACAACAUUCCGACCGGGGAGACAUUGACAUUAAAAAUUUGUGCGCGGGAUGGGUUCCAUGCGCAUUUGGAAACAGCGUUCGACGAGAACGGCGUUGUAAAGACUGUUCGAACUACAAGACCUAAAACGCCGCCCAAUGUUAUAAGCAUGAACGGGAACGUCAAUGGAGAAACUCAUGAGUCGACAUCAGAGGAGUUGCGUUCAAAUGGAAUUUCAGAAAAAGAACGGCACGAAAAAGAACGGCUCCUACGCCACGAAGAAUCAUCAACAAAUUGCAAAAAAGUGGAGCAGGAAAUUCCCUACAACGAAAGCAAAGUAUGCAGAGAGUCAAUUGGCGUCCAAACAUGUCCAGUUGCAAAUGGAACAGUGAAGCCGCAGCAGCAAAAAUAUGUCAAGCUGCAAAACCUCGUUGACGGCAAUUACACGACCGAUACCCUUCAUCAAAAGGCCAUAAUUGUAAGUUGGAUAGAUAUAAAAUAAAAGUAGCAAAAACUUACCUUUUUUGCCAUUGAAACAGUUCAAAUGAAAAGAAAUAGGUUAAAGCUCGCAACUGGUAAGAAACUUAGUCUGGUAUCUUCCAUUUAUAUUGGUAACCUUCCUUUAGUCACAUUCCCAAUACUAUUAAAAGGAAGAUGCCGAUACACCAAAAAGCACUCGUCUCUCACCAGUGCCCACGUUUGAAUCACGAAAAAACAUCUCUAGUUGAAAGAGAAAAAAAAAACAAGUGUAAAAAAGUGACAUCGCUUUCUGGUUUUUCCCCUAAAUAUUUAAGUUCAAAAUACGGGCGUGACCCUUGACCCUUCGGUAAAAUGGAAAAUUAUGCAACUUCGGCGCCAUGUUCGUAAUAAACGUGGCCUAAGAAAAAAAUAUAUCGAUGCUAUUUUGACUAAUUCUAGGCGUCAUGCAUGCAAAACACAGCCAUUCCAGAUUAAAUUAUUCACAAAGUUGCUUAUAAAUGACAAUUAACUUAAGCUCACAAAGAAUUAUUACCAUUUGCAUGUGUGCAAUAAUUUCACGAUUGAUUUCGUUUCCUAGCCUGCGUAGCUAGGAAAUAAAUGGGCUAUUCGUUUCCAUUUUAGUUUAACGAACGAGCUGGCCUGGAUAUAAAUUUUGGAAGAUAUCGAGAUUCAAGUUUGCGCUUUUCAAUGCUCAAUGCUCAGCAACAUUGUAGUUAGAGAGUGAAAUUGUAGUCGCCACGCGAUUUACCAUGCUUUGGGUGAACACAAUUUCGACGUUUUUAAGCGUGCUGUUUGUUUAUGUUUGUCAAGCAGUUGUUAGUGGGUGGGCGCGAGAAUAGCCGAUAUGGUGCGCUGAAUUAUUCGUCUUCCGGAAUAACUUAAUAAGGGCAAUACCGGGUAUCUGAGAUAUUGCCCUUUGUACUAAAUUAAGGAGCAGCUGAAUCAAAGCAUUCAUCCUGUUCGCAUUUUUGAGAUAAAGGGGGGGCCCUGUCAUCCGGACCCUUAGAUAAGGGAGGGGGGGAGCGAUCUCCCAAAAAAGUUUUUUCGGCCCUUCGGGCCUCAGUUUGGUCUGGAUCCGUCACUGCAUUUAUUCUUAAGCAAGCGAGAUUACAUAAUAUAUGGCUUGUUCAAUAUGAUCAUUUGAAACUUGGCACUUGUUAAAAUGUAGUUGAUAAUUUUUUUACCACUCGCUCGCAAAAACUCUUUAGUGUGCCGAUCUCUGUGUAACACUCUAACGUUUCUCCUCAGCCAGUGCAUUGCACCGCGGGUCGUUGUGUAGGUUCCUUGAUGCAGCCCUCCGGUGGAGAGGCCCCAUCUAAGAGGUCUUAUGGUGUGCCAAGGGAACCAGAAGAAGUCAUGAUCCAAGCUAAGGACUUCCUGCAACAGUAUUAUGGAGCUAUGAAACUGUAAGCAUUGUAUGCACGUUCUCUUCUACGCUUUUCUCUAUCAUGCCCCUUUGCUUUUGCUGAAGGUGGUACUUGAUACACUUUACAAAGGGUCAGACCGUUGAUCUUUUCCAGACUGAGAGUCAAAUUUAAUUCUCGCGCCAGACAUGGGAUUCUAGCUCUUCAUCGUAGGAUUAAGUGAAGAAUUUGUAGUUGAACCAUUUGACUGAUAAAGCAAAGAGAAAGGUGGACAACCCACAUAUGGCGUCAAGGUCAACUCGGGACUUAGACCCAGGCCACCUUGAUUGGAGGAGAGUGCCCUCACCACUGCACCACCCUUGCUCCCUUGCUCCCCAACAGGAAAGAGUACAGUAUUGCUUCUUAAGUAGCACUCAAAUCCCGUAUCCCGAAUCCCGCACGGUAUAUCAGUCUAAUCCCGGGUGCUGAGAAUACUACUACAUCAAAAGUAAGGGUUCACGUGAUUCGUUCCGAGUCUCGUUUUGUUUUUAAUUCAGUCAGGACAGCCAAGCCCAUCAACAGCGUUUGGCUGAGGUGAUGAAAGAGAUUGAGAGGAAUGGAACCUAUGAUCUGACGGAAAAAGAACUGAUCUUCGGCGCAAGAAUGGCUUGGAGGAACGCGUCAAGGUGUAUUGGUCGGAUACAGUGGAAUAAGUUACAAGUCAGACUGCUUACUAUUUUGGUGUUAUGAUAAUAAAAAUUUUUGGAUGAGGUUUUUAUGACUUUAGUGAUUUCCGGAAUAAUCAAGGUAGGUAGGUUGGAGGUAAGUGUUGCUGAUAACACUUACGGAGACCUUGAUUGUUCUGGGUAUCACAAAAACCUCAUAGAAUAAUUGUAUUACUAGAAAUACGUGCAUCGCAUAACUUCGCGAAGGUCGGGGGAGGGAGGCCCGUAAAAUCUCAAGGAUGGGAUGGUGGGAGAGAAAUAGAGUAAGUUGAGGUGAGGGCGGGUUUUAACAACGGCUCUCGUAUUGAAAGGUGAUAUACACUCUUUUUCCUUUGCUUGGAAUAAUCUCGAACCCAGUGCCCUAGCUUUAAAAAGGGCCUGAGAUCUAUGAAGGGUAGUCAUACAUCAAAAGAUCUAUAAAACCUAACUAUUAAGUAUAAUGGUAUUUAAAAUGAUAAAUAUAUUCCUAAGCGCGCGCGACAAAAUUAUAAACCUUCGCUACGAGAGGGCCAAAUCUUAUUACAGUACAGUCGAACCCACCAGUAUAAAGCUAGUUUUGAAGAAUCCCGUUGGGCUAAAACUGAAUUUACCCCUAUGUACAAGAGCCUUUUUAGCCUAAAAUUUGAAAACAGAUACAUUUUCUAAUGAAUUGCCAAUGAAUUUCAAUCCAUGGUUGAGUUAAAUGCAAGAUUAUAAAGCGCCAUUUAAUUUUAUAUUUGUGUAGAGUGUAAUAACCUGUUAGACCUGCCCGAGUGUAACUAGACAAGGCAACACAGUCAGUAGAUGUUUGUUAUGAUCUGAAGGAGGACUUCAAAAUUCAUGUGAUCACUGCAAUUUUUCUUAAGGUGGUCAUUUGGUAUGCAGAGUUUCUAUGUUGUUCACCUGAUUCGAAUAUUUUUUCUAUUGUGUAGCUCUUUGAUGCUCGAGAUGUGAACACACCUGCAGAAAUGUUUGAGGUGAUUUGUAAGCACAUCAAGUACGGAACAAAUAAAGGGAACAUAAGGUGAUCAUAUUAUGUUACGUCUUCUCAAAAUGGCCUUCAAACUUAGUUGUUACGUGCAUGUGCUCCUUCUCGUAUUGUCUUGGUCUUUAGACAAAAUACAGUCGAACCUUCACAAACGGAUUCGACUGUACAUUUGGUAUGAACGGUUCGCUAAGUUAACUUUAAAAUAGGAAUAGUUGUUACUCGUUGCUACCUUAUCUUCUUUGUUACUACAUUUAGGGUAGCUAUUGCGCUGAUCUUUAAGUUUUGUUGUCGCAGGUCCACUAUAACUGUGUUCCCACAAAGAAAAACUGCACAUGAGGACUUCCGUGUUUGGAAUACUCAGCUGAUUCAGUAUGCUGGCUACAAACAGCCGGACGGCUCCUGCGUCGGAGAUCCCGCUAACAUUGAGUUCACUCAGGUAAUAAAAUGAAACUACUAACCUUGUCUUUUCAACUUGAAGGUGUUUUACCACAUCCCACAACUGGCAUUGUAGUUUACCUUCCUCUAAGGUCCAAUUUCCGAAUGUUCUUCACGGCAGUGUUUUCUUUUGCUUUUAUGAGUUUCAUAAGUCCUUUUUUUUCUGCUAAAAAUUGUGCCUUGAGCUGCGCACGGCAUCUUUUUCAUCGUUAAGCUUUGUUGAAUUAAGAAUUUUCAAGGCUUUUCUGCCUUCAAGCUAGUUUCCAUUUUUUGGUUAGGUCGUUAUUCUUUUCUACUUUGUUGCUGGACUUUUUAUUUGCAGGGCGUUUAAACUUGAGAUCAUCGGAACAUGGCAAGUUUCAACACAAGUUUGUUCUUGACAUCCUGUCUGACUAAAACGGACCUGUCCUGUUAAAAAUCGUGCGCGUUUUAUCGCUACUACGCAUGCCAAAAUACGUUUGUACGAUAUCCUUGCUCUAUCACCUUUGGCCAAAUGCCAAACGUUCCUCACCUGUUAGUGUGGUCUCUCCAUUACAAUUAUUUCAUCGUAACGUAGUUGUUUUAGACUGCAAAACAGUCGUUUUUUUCCUCAAAAUCAGUAAAGAAAUCGGUAAAGCGUGGCGUAAGAGUCUUACGCGCGCGAAGCGCGCGAGCCUCACACGCCCGUAGGGCGUGUGAGGCGAGAGAAAGCCUCGUUUGACUGCUCGCGCGUACUUGAAUACGCAAAAAUACGGACUGUUUUGCAGUCUAUAGUUGUUUGUAAGCGCUGGUACUCUAUGUACUGCCAGCCUCUGUUGGCUGUAAACAUUGAGGCUGUUCUCAUUAGUUUAAACUUAAUAUGUGUAGCAGUUUCAGUUGUGUCAUGUUUAUGUAUUUAUCUUCAGAUUUGUGAAAAGCUCGGUUGGGAAGGCAAAGGUGGCCGUUUUGACGUUUUACCGUUAGUUCUUCAAGCUCAUGGGGGAGAUCCUGAAUUUUUUGAAAUUCCUCCUGAAAUAGUACUUGAAGUGGAAAUCAAACAUCCAAAGUAAGAGUCAGAAGUAAAAUACUGCCAUAUGUUAUCUUUUUAGUCUUGUCCUGCCUAGAUUAGCAUUAUAGCUAUUUGCAGGACAUAAAGUAUUGUAACUUUAUAUUUCUUUAAAUAAAUACAUUGUUGUUGUUGUUAGAGAAUUAAAAGUCCAUCGGCUGUUACCGGAAAUUUUGUACCGGCAAGUUUCCAAGAACUAAUGUACUCCUCCGAUCCGUACAAAGAAUAAACAUGUUGGUCAGUGCAGAUGACCAUCGCUCAACCUACAUUUGAUCUCCAAGACUAAGAGCGUAAACGUUCUCUUCCUUUUUGAUCCUGUGUUGGUAAAACGUGUCAUCAGAUUCUAUGACAGGAUUCGCACAGUCUUGAAAAGUCCUUGAAUGUUAGGGGAAGUCCUUGAAAAGUCCUUGAAUUCCAUUUUUCCUUGAAAAGUCCUUAAAUUUCUGUGCGAGUCCUUGAAAAGAGCUUGAAUUUUCUUCAACUUUGAAUGCAGUAGCCUGGAAAGAAUUUUUUGAUGCUUUUUGGUAGUCCAAGACAGUAUAUAAAUCGUAGCUCAGUGAAUGUAAAGGUCAUUGACAUAAAGUGCUCCAUGUUUUAUGCAAUAAUUAACUAUCAGUUUAAGACAAGUGAACUGAAAAAUGUAGAGAAUUUGGUGAAACAAACAGUUAAAGCCUUAAAGUCUUAUUAGAAUAUACGGGGAAUAUGCAUUUUUGUACAAUCUGUGAAAUUAUAUUCCUAGUAGGUUGUCCUUGAAAAUCUAAUGUGGUCCUUGAAAAGUCCUUGAAAAAUGGUUGCAAUUUUUUGUAUGAACCCUGUAUGAUGUUACUACUUUGAACCUUUUUUGGAAAUUGUUUGGAGUUGCGAUUAGAGAUUUUGCACUCGUCUUAACCGAUUCAUCAUUCGAUUGUUCGAUCGACUCACCGACUGACGGAUGGAUGGAUGGAAGGACGGACGGGCGGACUGAGCCUUUGUGACUGAAUAAAUUUAUGACUCAAACUGACUUAUUGAGAGAUUCGUUGAUAGGUUUCUCUCUUCCUGUUGUUUUCUCAUAAGGUUUCCAUGGUUCGAAGAACUGGGUUUGAAGUGGUACGCAUUACCGGCAGUGUCAUGUCUAUGUCUGGAUGUUGGAGGAGUAGAAAUGCCUGCCUGUCCGUUCAAUGGAUGGUAAGUUCCCUGACUGGUGACCUCGCCGGAUACUAGAGACCUUAAGAUUCACCUUUUCCGUGUUCGGGUACGGGUAAAUUACCCGUGCGCGUAGCCGUAAAUACGGGGAGAUUGACCUUACACCAGAGAAACAGGUAGACUACUGGGUAGGACGGUAACACCAUUAUCAUAUCUGGGAAAUCAUGGCUACCAUUUAUACAACUACGUGGCGAACAUGGUCGCCUACCCGUAGCCGUAGGCAGAAACGGUGUAUCUUAAGGUCACUACUGCCUCCAGUGAUUAACGGGACAUUUCCCCAUGUCAUUUCCCGUUUGAGCCAUGUCUCUCAAUGCUGACCGCGCGUAAGGCAAUUGGUGCCUGAUGGGGUUACUGUAGGAAUUGCCUGAAGCGACGCUUAAGUAUUUUACUCGCGCAUUUGGGUCAAAUUCCCGUCAAAACUUGUUUUUAAAGAAUGACAAUUAUGCUCGAGUUAAAUACCUAAGCUUAGCAUCGGACUUUUCCUGAGGAGAAGUCUACACACCUGAUCCCUGAGCGCUCGAUCAACUUUAUAACACUUGAGAACUCUCAACUUUCCUUUUCCUUUCUUUUUUGUUUUGUUUGCAAUUUUUUUUCUUUUGGUGAACUGAGCUUAUAAGUCUAUUUCUCCUCAGGUACAUGGUGACAGAAAUUGGUGCACGCGAUUUUGCAGAUCCCAUGCGAUACAAUAUGUUAGAGGUGGGUUACCGUUGUCAGCAUACUAGCUAAGUGCGUAGUAGGUCUAUUCCUUAGUGUUAAACCCUCCUGACUUGUCCCCAAUCCUCUCUAUUUAAAUCGCACGCGGAGGGAGGAACGCGAAACGCGUGAACGCAUGAUCGAAUGGCGCGUGGAGGGUGAUGGGAAGAGAAGAUUUCCUCCUUCCUGUCAGCCAUCGGGCUCCCCUUGACUGGCUUCUCUCGUUAAUAUUCACAGGAGUCUGAGAGAUGACCGGGGACGAGUCAGCUAUCUCUGCCUAAGGCGUAAGCAAUGUUGUCAUUUGUUUUACUUUUUACUUUCGUAGCCUGUAGCAAAACGAAUGGGACUUGAGACGAAGAGCUUUUCUUCUCUCUGGAAGGACAAGGCCUUGGUGGAAAUUAAUCUUGCAGUGUUGUACAGUUUCCAGGUUUGUCUUCCCUUUCCAAGGUUAUCUUUGGUGUUACACAUACCACCAAGGAAUUACUUCUUAUAAAUAAAAUUUACUGAAUAUAUUAAUAAAGUUUCAUAGUCAUAAGUUCGACCCUGAGCUCGCUUAUGAACCAAUGUAUCCCCAAAAAUAUCAGUAUAAGAGUCUUGGAAACCACCCACCUACCCCUCUUCAAAACCAACAUCAAAACUAACUUCUUACUCAGGACAAAAUGUUGGGCUGGGGAAGGAGUAGAUAGCCAGCUUCCCAGAAUCUUAGAAUGAUCAACAAAGUAAACCGUUUGGAAGCUUACGGGCCUGCGAGAAACCCUACCGGAAAUAAAUUGUCAACAAGGUGGCACUCUUAGCACACAAAACUAACUGAAGAUAUUAAUAUGAUUUCGAACUUAAGAAUUUCCACGUUUCGUCAGCUUCUAUUUUUCGCUCAUAGAAAUCUCAGUCUAGUAGUCUUGCACAUCCAGAGCAAGUGCCGGGGUUGCCCUCAUUUUUGAGGGUAAGGUCGUAAUUCUGUUUUUUGCCCUUUAAAAAUUAGGGAAGUUAAGCAAGGACGUUUUUGAGCGAUGCGCGUCAACCGGAAUUGGCCCUUUUGCAAUACUGGACAGCAAUUUUCCCAAAUGUUCUGACAAUUCGUCUCAAUAAGAGUAACGAUACUUAGCAAGACACAUUUGGUAGCAUCAAGGUAUAUUAAAAGGGAAAAGGCCUCACUUCCUGUUGACGUGCGUCAACGGCUUAAGCUUCCUACUGAAACCUCUUUCGCCAACCUCGUUCCCAGGGUCCUCUCCUACUCGUCCCCAGAAGCGAGAGAGGGGAGGAACAGGAGAGGACCCUGAGAACGAGAUUGCUCUUUCAAUCACAGAAGUUUUUUUAAUUGUUUAAUAACUGAAAUUUGGUAGUUUCUGGAAAUUUGGUGCAGCAUUGAAAAUUGUAAUAUGUGGUCCUUUACUGUUAUCUUUUAGAAAGCUGGAGUGACCAUCACUGAUCACCACAGCGCCUCGGAGUCUUUCCUGAAGCAUUUUGCGAAUGAGGUUUGUUGUCUGUAUGCUUACAGUUUACAACAGUUUACUGUCGUUUUAUGGACCGUUAAUCAGCGACUAUACUGUAUGGUGUAUUGUCUUGGAGCUCUUUCAAUCUGGCGCUAGGAGGCCCUAGAGGUGUAGCUGUUUCUCCCACAUAACCAUGAUCGCAGCGUUCAUAUUAAACAUGGUAGAUCACAUCGCAUCGCUCUAGGGUUAGGUUAUAUCUUUCUCGCGCUGUUGUUAAACGGCUUGUGAUAGUAAAAGAUUCACUCUAUGUUGUUUGAAAUAAUUAACAUGCACUAAACACUAAAUGAUAUUGUUAUAACAGCGCACGCUCUCAUUGGCUACUUCGAGGUCAUAUGAUAUCUAACAAUAAAACUGUAUCCCGCCAAAAUCUCUGAGCGGGCAACAUAGCAAAAUCUAUGUUGUUAGAGGGUAAGUGCACUGUUCCCCGCGAAUGUUGACCAACGACGACCGUGGUUAAGUGAAUUUCCAGCUAUUUAACAAAUCAUUUUAAGACUGGUCCCUCGGGAAACAGUUAAUUUUUUUUUACUCGAAUCUCGACUUCGCCUCGCGAAACAUUAAGAUUCUCGGGAAACAAAAUAAACUGUGUCCCGAGGCUCCAGUCAUUAACUGUUUAAUGUUUGCCUCGAUAGAUGAAAUUCCGCGGGGGCUGUCCUGGAGACUGGGUGUGGAUUGUACCUCCUAUGUCAGGCAGUGCCACUUCUGUUUUUCAUCAGGUUAGUCUAUAAAGUGAUCUUAGACCGUUUUUGGAAUGUCGUAAAAUUCCGAAAAUAAGCCCCUCCAAAUAUAAGCCCCCUCCCCCCCCCCCCCCCCCCCCCAAAAAAAAAAAAUCAUAACUCCAAAAAUCCCUUGUUAAAUCGCCCCUCCGAAUAUAACCCCCGGGGACCUAUACUUGGAAACUACCCUAAAAUACAAAAUAAAAAAGCAAAAACAGUACAGUAACCUAUUUUUUUAUUACUGAUUUAUCAAAGAAUUAUUACUUGUGCCAAAUGAUUGUAGUGAAAAAGCGACACAGUUAAUUGCUAUCUGCGUGGUUCACUCUUAAAUCUUGGCUUGGAUUUGUUUUUGUUAAGAUUCAUUUUUUCUUGUGAACAGUGUACCGUACCUUAUUAUUGACCUUUCUUACCUUUGAACUGAGUAUUGCGUUUUCACUAAAGUAAUUUGCGGUUGCCUUUUUGGUAAGAUUCCUUUUUUCGAGUGAACAGUGUACUGUACCUUAUUAUUGAUCUUACUUUUCCUGUGAACUCACACUAAUUUUUAGGGAGUUAUUAUCACUCCAAAAAUAGAGUACAAAUUUUCGGUACAGGAUAACCCCUUGUUGGGGUUACUUUAACUCCUCAAUAUUAGCUCCAAAUCUGGGGUGAUUUUUACUCCUGGAAAAGAGUUCUUUAAACUCCUUUUUGGAGUUAAAAUAACUCCGAAAAAAAAUAAUUCCACUGUAAGGAGUUAAAUUGACCCCACUAGAGGAGUUAUAAUAACUCCUUGAAAAUUACUGUGCUGAGUAUUGCGUUUUGUUAAGAUUCAUUGUUUCGUGUGAACAGUGUACCCUACCUUAUUAUUCACGUUACCUUACCUGAGAACUGAGUAUUGCAAUUUCAGUAAUUCAAGUACUGAAUUUGCUGUUGCGUUUUAUGUUUGCGUGGCUGAGCUUAGAAAGCUCUACGUCCUCACGUCGAGUUUCGGUAAAAACUUCGUGUCAAUUACUGACAUAAAUUUCCUUCCAACUAUAAGCUACCCAAUCAAUUUUCAGACAUAAAUUUCCUCCAAGUAUUUGUCUAGCCGAUGUUGUAAAGCAAAUCUCCCUCCGAUUUAAGCCCCUCCAAAAAUAAGCCCCUCAAAAAGGAAAGGGCCUUUGAAAACUAUAAGCCCCGGGGCUUAUUUUCGGACUUAAGGUAUUGCUGUCCUUAGACAAUUUUUUUAUGUUUUCGCUAAAUUGGCUUAGUUUACGAAAUCUCCUUUAAACGCUUUUGUUUCUCUUUAAGACCGAACAUCAAGAAAGAAGGAUUACACAAUUCUCAUGUACUCGAAAAGAACUACUUUUCACAUAACAUUGGAAGUUCGUAAAAACAAGGGAGCCGCAUGAUUUAAAAUAACGAAUGAUGUUGGGUUUUUUUUGUUCCCCCCAGGAAAUGCUGAAUUACUCUUUAAAGCCUAGUUAUGAAUAUCAGGUACGUGUUUUUGGUACUGGUGUUGUUACAAGGACGACGGAACUCCUUGUGCACCGUUACUGUGAUUGCAAAGCUCAAUUAUGGUUGCUGGAUCGCAAACAAUUUCCUCCGACUUUGAAUUUUAUGUUACCGGUAAACCUCUUCGUUGGCUUCACAUUGUAAAAGUGAUAUUCAUGGGUAGUAACAUUCACUGUUGUUUAUUAAAGUGGAUUGCCCGUUCCAGGCUUUCAGAUGGUAAGGAGCGUACUAGAUGAUGAGCGCAAAUGAAAAAAGGAAAAGGAGGGGAGACUGAGGCAUCGCCCCAGUCUUCCCUGGUUUUUUUCCCUCGUCAAAUUUUCGCCUGCGCUGUACUGGAACAAGCUAUCCAGCUAACCGCCAGCACACCAGAGAUGUCCACUGGCUAUCUGGAUUUUUCUGUUUAGUUAGUUAGUUAGUUUCUUUGUUUGUUUUAAUGCAUUAUUUCGCUUUUGUAGGAUAGUGCGUGGAAUCAUUAUUCAUUUGAGAAACACCAAACAUCUCCGAAAAAGAAAGCUUCUUUUAAAGAAGUUGCAAAGUGAGAGUUUUAUUUUCUUUCUUUAACCUCGACUUAUCGUUUUACUUUAAGAAUCCAUGUUUUCCUUUUGGGAAGAAAAUAUCGGUUGCCUUGUGCUCAGUACUAUACACCUGAAAAAAACUGACGUCACUGCUUCCAGUUACAGCUAUUUAAUAGGGUAUGAAAACAUGGGGAACAAGAAUCAAUAGUCAGUAACAAGAGAAAAUGAGCUAAGCAUGUCGCGUUCACGUGAAAGUAGACCUCGCGGGUCACAGAAAAAGCAGACAAAAAUAACCCCGCCCCACGCGCGCGAACUUUAAAUAGAUUUCAAAUAAUUAUCAUGGGGCACAGGAAUUCCCUCUCUUAGCUUAUUCUCUCUUCUUUCUCUCUUGUCAUUUAAUAUGAUCUUAUUAUUGGAUUGCCUCGAGGCGGGUAUCGGAGGAGUUAAUAAUGGCAAUGAUAAUAGAUCAGGUUAAUAAUAUUUGUUCCCACCAAACAUUUAUUUAAAAAAAAAUAACCUUUACAGGGAUGGCUAUAAAGUCGUCGUGCGUGUUUCUUCUCUCAGACAACUUUCUCUCGUUUAGUUUUAAAGAAAUAUGAAAAUAAUCUUUGGUGCUGCUUUCUUUGUUAGCUUGUGCUGGGGAAAUGUACCUACUUUUGCCUUUUCAGUUGUGGCGAUAAAAACCUCUUUUUGCUUUCCAACAAAGGCAAGAGCGUUUUUAUGUACUAAUGAUUUUAAGUGUUGUUUUGUUUCUAUUUAUAGGGCAGUUAAAUUCUCCGCGAAGCUGAUGACCAAAGCAAUGGCCAAGAGACAGAAAGCUGUUAUCUUUUACGCGACAGAAACUGGCAAAUCCGAGCGCUACGCUAAGAUGCUUGGGGAGCUCUUCUCACACGCUUUUGAUCCAAAGGUAACAAGCCAUUGAUGAAUCUAUCCCCAAUUUUCACUUCUAAAAGCUCCCAUUAUUUAAAUGAAAGUAAAAAGAUAUUCAAAAAACUUCACAACUUCUGAAAGGAGUGAUAGCGACCCAAACUAGGCGCGCGCGCAUUUAUGGGAUUAUAUGGGGAGACGCGAAUGUAAACAAACAUGGCGGAAAGCGAAGUGGAAUGUUUAAAACAGUUCAAAAUAGCAAAACGGAAGGUGGAAUUGAAAGAAGAAGAAAACAUAAAAACGUGAAGCUGAAGGAAGAAGAUGUGCCUGGGGCGAUUCUACCCCUUGAGAAAAACCACUGAGAAGAAUGCUAUCGGAGUUCAACUUUAAAUUAGCUUUCCAAAGCAAACGUACGUAUUCUCGCUGGAUACGUCUUGUUUUUGGUGUUCUAUAAUAUGCCAGACGAGGGGAGUUCCUGAAGUUAAUUGUGCAUAAAGGCACACAACAACUUGCGCGUCUCGUCAUAAUUCAAGAUGGCUGCUCGACUUGUCCCCCUAAACAAUCCCAUAAACACAAGACAAGAUGAAAAUGCGCACGCGCUAAGUUUGGGUCCCAGGCUAUUCUAAACCAUUAUCACAUCGUUCUCAUGCAGUUAUUUUCACUGUGGCCAAUCGCAGUCCUUGUAUAUAAACGUGGUUUAUUGUAAUCAAUGCCACGAAGGAUAGCGCAGAAUAGAAAACAUAUAAUCACCUGAAAAGGCCAAUCAUCAAAAGGGAGCCCUCUGAUUGUCUUAAACUGAGCUGUAGUGUAAGUUAGAUAUCGUUUAAACUCUUAGCCUCAGUAUCAGGCUUUGCUGUGGGCAGGGAAAAGGAGAGGGAAACGGCCUUCUUUUUGCUCCCUGCAAAUAUCUCGCAAAUAUGUAAAUACUGAGGACUAAAUAUAUGGCAUACAUGGUAAAUGUCACAUUUGCGUAUGGCCAAAAAACAGGGGUUGUAAAUAACUAGGCAAAUGUGGCAAAAUGUGGAGCAAAUUUGUGCAAAUCCAUUUUAUCGUCCCGUGAUUACAGGGUAGUAAGCUUACUCCUUAGGUUUCGCGCGCCUUGUGCAUGAGAGGACGAAUUACUUUUAGACGUUAUUCGAAGUCAUAAACCUAACUGAACUAUAGUUCACAAAUGUUGGUUAAGGUUUGUAGGUCUAGUUCUUGUAGUGAACUAAUCAAUCAUAUGAUUGAUUGCCACCAGGUUAUCUGCAUGCAGGACUACACGUAUCCAGACAUGGAAAAUGAACAGCUUGUUCUUAUUGUGACCAGUACCUUUGGUAACGGAGAUCCUCCUGAAAACGGAGAGGUGACUCAAUACUAGUCAAUUAUGAACAUCCUUCCCCUUCCCCUUUCACUCUUCCCUCUUCCCCGCUCACUGGACAGUAGAAUUCCGUCCUUUAGUAUUUUUCCUUUACUACUGCCGCCCGUCCAACCGGAGUCGUUAAAAUUCUCUCGAAAAAACAAUGUUGAAAAUAACCCCUACAAGUUUUAGAUAUCUCUUUUGCGUUUAUCUAAUCAUGGUCGUGAAAUUCUCAUUUCCAUAUGGUUGCCCUCACUCAGGAUAGCCUUAAGCAACUUGGGUCAUUUUCUCAAAUGUCCAUUGCAGCUAUUUCUCUUUUUCUGAGAGUGACUGUAUUUAACACAAUCGCAAAGAGAGAAAGCCGCAUGUUUUUCUAGAAGCCUUUUCUCGAUUUUGGCGCACUCGAGACUGAAAGACUCGGCAUGAAUCGACUAAGAUCGUCGCUUGUUAUUGGGAUACAGUUUCGAACCCACGCCUAAUAGCCGCGCUUGGUACUGCGGGAUCAGUUAUGACCAUCGGAUUAUCACUAAAAACGGAUGCUCGUACUAGGAAAACCAGUCUGUCCAGUCGUCUGACCAAUCUCGUUUCCAGAGUCUGCGUUACCCUUGUCCAGCGAAACGGUCCUUGUUGCCUGUUUCACUGGACAAAGGUAACGUGGACUCUGGGAACGAGAUUGCAAUCUGACGACAGAGAGCAAGAUUGAGCAGUCCAGACGCUCGAGUUUCGGCGACUUCAAAGGCUUUACCCCCUUUUCUCCUCCUUGCUCAAGAAAACAAAACUAGAGUCUGCUCGCAGGUUGCGUGUCAGUAUCAUGUCUCUUAAUUUCUGCGCCUUUCUUCUGCUUAGGGAUUUGCUCGGUACCUGUACGAACUCCGUCACCCACCGGAAGGGUAUGUAACGAAGUACUUUGCUCAAUUUUCGUUCUUAAUUUACUUUUUUUGUGUGUUGAAGCCCAUAAAAUGCAAACUAUAAUUAGUUCCUACUACUUGAGUAACUUUUUUUCUCUUUCUUUCUUUUCUUUUUUUUUUUUUUUUUUUUGCGUGUCAAGCUAUUCACUCUGUCCUUGAAAACUUGAUUUGAUUUGGUAAAUAAAUGAUUAUAUGGUUAGUUGUAAUCAUUGUAAUCACCCUCUAACCAGGGCAUUCCACCAACCUUGUCCCGUCUAACGACCGUGUCUCCACUAGUCUGCACUGCUUUUCACGAGGAAGAAAGGUAAAAGACUUCGAAGCGCAUACAAAAGGGAGUGCUAACACAGCUGUUCACGAAUAUCACCGUAAAUUAUAACGUUCUAUUGGUUUCAGAAGUCGAUCAGCGCGUAACAAGCUAACACAGCUUGGUAGCUUGUUGGUUCAAAAGGAGAAAGAAAGGCACAUUGAGAUUAAGAAUGACAGCCAACCCCUGGCUAAUCUUAGGUAAUAUUACAUGCUUUGAUGCUCUAAAAUUCCUUACAACUAAAUGACCUUGGUCUCUUAUUCGUGUUGCGCUGUUAAGGUGGACUUCCACUGCCGCGUAAUUUUUACGUACUUGCGCACGUUAAUCUUACGCACUUAAACAAAAUAGAGGCAAUGUAUAAAGGGUCGCGCUCAAGGGUAAAGUUGAGCGAGGUUCAACUUUUGCGUUCACAAGCGACCUUUCAUACAUUGCCUCUAUUUUAUUUAUUGACUUAAAAAUUACGCGACAGUGGAAAUCCACCCUUAUACUUUUCAAUUCUUUCUGAAAUUUAACUUUAUCUUUUAAACUUGCACCUUUAAAAGCUCUUUGUUUCUUGUCUUUUACCCUUUCAUUCAAAGUUAAAGAAUUUAAUUCAUUAAAUUUGGAGAUCCUAUAAUUGGUACCCAUGUUAUUCUUCAUUGUAUCAGUGAUAGAAAUUUGCGCUAUUGACUAAGCGUUAGGUCAAGAGGGCUAAAUAUUGCCCAAGUUCGUCGAGGUCAAUAAAAACGCAAAUAAAGAAAAUGCCAAUAUUCAUCCAUGUUGACCAAACAAACUUGGUAAUGAAAGAAUUCAUUCAUAUGGCCCUGAGAUCAUCAUGAUUUUCCUUGGGGUACCAAAGCGGGAAAUCCCGAUCGGACAAGGUAAGCCCAUCUUGGCUGCUCGGGUGGCCAAUCAGAACACUGGAUUCGCUUCGUCUUGACCGCUCGCGAAACCAGCCACACAAUAAGAGCUUUUAUAUUAGUUGACUGAACGUACAAGUUUUUUCCAAGAGGAUAGUACCUCUUAUUGCUUUAGAUUAUGGAAGAAGUAUGAACCACUGACCUUGUAUUCUCACGAAACUGAGUAACUCUCAAUUUUUAGGUACUCUGUGUUCGGCCUUGGUUCCAAAGCUUACCCAAACUUCUGUGCGUUCGCUCGCUCUCUCGACAAGAUCAUCCGGGAACUUGGCGGCGAACCAGUGUUGAGAAUGGGGGAAGGAGACGAGCUUUGUGGUCAAGAGGAGUCAUUUAAAGUGUGGGCUAAGGACGUGUUCCAGGUAAUUACCUCUGAAUUUCACCGGUAUCUGGGGGACAGGAAUUAAAGCUUCAAAAUCGUUCUUUUAUAUAAGCCUGUAGCGCACCCCCACUCAGCCAAUGAGCAUGCAGAAUAGGCCAUGUGCACGAUAGCGUCAUUCUACUACCAGGACCGGAAUCCUUUUUGUUUUGCCUUACAUAGUCAAGUUUGGUAAUCCAAGCGGGGUAUAAAUAACAAAAGCCCUAAUUUGUGCAAGAAACCGAUAGUAAAAUGAGGUCAUCGUACAAAUGGCUUAUUUUUGCAGUGUGCGAAGUUUGAAUAUUAUAAAUUAAUUAGUCUGCAAAACAGCCGCAUUUAUUUUCUGCAUCGUUGAGGAAUUUUUUAAGUCAUCAAACGAAAGGUCUGGAGCGAGCAGAGACUAAAGAGAAAGGCUAAAAUACAGCAAUACAGGGGUUUUUUUUCUCUCGCUUCACACAACGUACGGGCGUGUGACGCUCGCUGGCUCUUUCCCAGGCGACCAUCCACUCUUUUGAAGCUACUUGCCUUAGGACUUAGCGACCAGGAAAUAAACUGACCGUUUGGCACUCUAAGGUUAAAUCGAAUUGUUGUUUAUUUUUUUUCGUAUCCUAGGCCGCGUGUGAUUUAUUCUAUAUCAGUCAGGAUGAAAUCUCCAAGGAGGUGUCAAGUUCAUUGGAUAGUGUAUCAAGUGGCUGGAUACCAGGCCGUUUUCGGCUUACUAUAAACUCUUUAGCAGACAAUGAAGGAAAUCAACUGGCUCAAGGUAUUAAUUGUACAAGGUUUGACUCAAGUUAUUGGACCCAGCAUAACCAUUGUUUUAUAAGGAGAGAUCCACCGUUUUUUCUUACGUUUUGCGGAUAAAGACCAGUAAGCGAAUAUCCAUUUACACUGCUUGAUAGAGCCAUAGAUCUAUUCGGCUAACUCAGUGUUGUACCCAAUUCAAAUCUCCCGGGGUUAAGAUUCUUUGUGUAUUGUAUUUGCGUUAUAAUGUGGAAUUCACAUUUAAGGGCCUGCUUACAUGGAGUGGGGGACCCCGGUCUAGUGGGGUUGGUUUCUUUGUUUUCACGCUCUAGGGGACACAAAACAAAAGAAACCUACCCCACUAGACCAGGGUCCCCCACUCCAUGUAAACAGGGUCUAAAUGAUAUGGAAAUUCCUGAAACAAAACGUUUUAUUCCCAAAGGGUUUGAAUUGGGUACAACAUUGAGUUAGCCGAAUAGGUCUAUUAAUUAAGAAACUUACCAAGUGUAAAGGUGAUAUGUCCAAGGCCAGCGAAGCUAUAGCAUCGCAAAGUCGCGAAAUAUGACACGUUUGUAUGGUUGGGGGCACGAACUUGCCAGCCACGAGUUUGUAGAGUCAUGCCUUCUUCGGAGGAUCUAUGGGGCCAUAUACCGUGGUCAAACUUUCUGUUAGGCGUUUGACCUCUAAGGAAAGACAUCCUUUUCUGUGUUACUUUGAAUGUUAAAGGUGCGCUAUGAGUCAACUAAAACUUGGAAGUUUUAGUUUUAAUUUGUUAGCUUUUUCCGUGUGCUUUGUAGGUUUGUCACACAUUUGUGGGAAACCAGUGCGGCGUGCGACUUUGUUAACGGUGAAAAACUUGCAGUCCUCCGAUUCAAGGUCAGUUAAAGUGAAUAUUCAGUAAUAACCAUUAAAAGUCACACCAUAAGAUGCUGGUGAAUAUAAUGGGUGGUUUUGUAGUCGAAGAUUUCUGAACUCGUUGUGUAAUAAUUAUUGUACAAUAUACUAUUCAUUUCAAGGCACUUACGCAGUCAUUUUGACGCCUGUCUUUCCUUUCAAAAUUGAAAAAAUGUGUGAGGGAGUGUCGUAGACAUGCCAUGGUAACCCUCUGUUCUUUUCUUCAUUUUAGUCGUUCUACUAUCUUAGUCCGGCUCAAGAAAGAGAAGAACAGUGAGCUGCAGUACAAACCUGGUGAUCACUUGGCCAUUUUUCCCGCCAAUCGCCCUGAAUUGGUUCAAGGUUUGAUUGACAGACUGUCUGGUGACGUCGAUCCAGAUUUACCAAUUGCUGUCGAGGUCUUGCGUGAAAUCAAAGGUAAGUUGCAGGUCUCAAGUUUGAGGUCCCUUUUAGUAUGAUCAUGAUCAUUAUCAUGGUCAUCAACUUGAAUAUAGUCGACUGAUCUCCACUAACGGCCACCUCUCUACAAUGGUCACUUUCUUCUGUCCCCAAGGUGGCCGUUGUAGAGGUUCAACUUUAUUUUUAUUGUCAUUAUAGUUAUAGUUUUUUUCAACAUUUUUUCUAUCAUAAUCAGUGAUAAUCUAGAUCUUAUUUCUACUGUAAACAUAACCAGCACGUAGUCUACUACACAGCCAUUCUCAUUUGAGUCGUGUCGCAACGCUCCUCCUUCAUCGUGAUCAAAUUCAUGGUCUUUAUUAUCGUCUCCAUUAAAAUUACCGCUAUUAUCGUCGGCGUUAUCAUCAUCAUAAUCAUUAUAAUCAUCAAAAUCUUAAUUAGUGUUACAGUCAUCGUCGUUUUCAUGAUUGCUAUCUUCAUCAUAGUCAUAUCAUCAUCAUCAUCAUCAAAACCUUUAUUUAGACAAGCUUGUGGGUCGUGUUAUGUACAAGAUAAGAGUUAAAUUUCAAGAUAGGAUUUAAAAUUAUGUAGAUUAUAAAAAAACAAAAUUCCCCUAAAAUCGUUUUCGUUGUUGGCUGGCACUGGUGACAUAGAUACAGUUGACAAGGCAUAUUGCCUCGAAGUUAGCUUGUUAUACAUUAAUUUUCUGUUAUGUGGAAGGCAACUACAGGAAAAAUACAUCAGUUUAUGGUGCAAAACGUAGAAUGAGCCUCGUCAGACAUUUGGUGUGAUUCUCUUGCCAGGUCUUGUUGGUACAGCUAAGAAAUGGGAGCAAUUCAACCGCCUUCCUUCGCCCAUCACAGUGCGAGAGGCGUUGACUCGUUACCUUGAUAUUACAACCGUCCCAUCUCCUCAGUUCAUUAAAAUCCUAGCCUUAAAGGUAAAUUUCGUCUUUUCUUACUAGGGAUUAAUAGAAUCAGAUUUUUAGACUGCCCUCAAUCGGGAUCAGAGAUCAGUGAGAGGGCAAGGAAUUGCCAAGUUGCUCAAUAGAUUUUUCUCUUUCUCACCGUCAUAAUUGAUGUUAGAAUACUCGUGCAGAAUAGCCCGACAAAAACUGCUGUGUGAAGGGAGCACACUGUCAGAAAUACGCUUGGGUUUUAAGUUCCAGGGGGGACAUUCGGUGGAAAACAGUCGCUAAAGGGUGAGAAUGGAUGUCACAUCUUAUCCUUGAACGUUUGUUCAGUUGUAAUUUUUCAUUUUUGUACAGAGGAUGAAGUUGCGACACUGUUUUGUUCGGAUUUUGGGAAAGUCGACGUGGUUCUUUCCCUUGCAAAGGUUCGCUUCUUUUUUAGCCUGCGAGCAUGCUGACAGCUCAAGGGUUAAGGUCAAAAUGGUCAAAGAAACUACCCCGUUUCUGUCACCCCCACCCCCCUCUCCCUUCUAUCAAAAUCACCAACGCACCAAAGUAUAGAGCCUUCUGGUAGAAUACUUAUUUAAGCCCCAGAAUAUAGUUUUUUUUUGUAUCUAUUCAUUAAAGCUUAAAAGCGUUUAACCACUAAUUCAAGUUCUUAUCAACCCUUUUUCGUUCAUUCAAAGUUUAUGUUGUCAUUUUUUCUGCUCAAAAAGCAAUCCGAAUACUUAUGUAAUUUUCUAGGCCGCUGACAAAGAAGAUAAAGAGAAGUUGGAAGUCCUCAGCGAGGUGAGGCUUUUGUGCACUACAUUUUACGUUGGUAGCUUUUUAAGAGUAUGGGCUGACACAAAGAUUUCAGUUUUCUGGGUAUAACCAUUUAGUAGGCCAGAAAUUGAACAGCUGGGAAGUUCUAUAUCCCGGGGGGGGGGGGGCCCCCAUAGAAAAGUGACGGAGAUGCUCGUCGUCUCGCUUUAGGGCUUAUAUUGCGGAUUUUGGUCACCCUUAGAGUGUUUGAGAUGGAAAGUCACUAUAUUUGCCCAUUCAGGUAUCGCUUAGGACGGUGCAUAAAGAAAUUUACAAAAAAUGCCCUGACACUGACCACACAGAAAUCUCCCUUGGAGUUCAGUUUAAGCUUGAGCCACGCCCACAUUGGUCUCCCUUGGGGGUUUAAUUGGAAUUUUCCGCCGAUCAUCCCCGUUACUUUUUUAUGGGAGUCCCCCUGGGUUCUAUAUGUUCUAUCUUCCUUUUGUUUCUUCUCAAAGUAUCCGGCGGGUAAUGCUCACAGUAGCCGUGGGGGGAAUCCCCGGCGCCCGGUCCUUAAUGAAAGCCCUGGCCAACCCCUUUUUGAAAAACUUUGUGUUAUUAAAAAUAAACUAAAUGUCUUCUUUUUUUUCUUGAUGUCUUUCUUCACUCAGGGCAAUAACCGGUACGAAGACUGGAAGUUUGAAAACGAAUGUAACAUUCUUGACGUCUUACAAGAUUUUCCCUCUGUUCAAGUAUCCGCUGAUCUUUUACUUACACAGCUACCGCUGUUACAGCCGGUAAGGAUGUUAAUCACCCAACAUAUUACCAGUGCGCAACAACACCAAGAAUUUUGUCACUGAAAAAUGUUUUGAGGGUUGGUUUUCAGAUGGGACGACAACAUAAACUCAAGUGACGUUCGCAAACUGAAACGUACAUCCUUACAUCCUUAUGUAAAUUUUGUCUUUUCAUUAGGUAGUCACCGUAAAUUUCCUAAUUUACGCCCAGGGCGUUUAUUUAAUUUUAGAGGUCCAAGCGGGGGUGUUCAAUAGAUAGGAGGCGUUUAAAAGAGAGAGAUGUUUAUUCUCAUACCUGUAACAAGCUCAACAAAACUAAUAUGCUUUCAGCGAAAAUAUCAAGAGAGUUUAAAAAUAGAGGAAUAUCCACUCCAUCAAUUGAUACUUCUAGGUCGUCUAGAGAUCAUAUCGCUCUUUCAAAUCCCAACAACAAAUUCAAAAUCCUCACUCAGGCUUACUGUAUUUCCAUCGUUCUCUAUCCUUGCUUAAACUUGGCAUUACACAGGAUGAAAUACGCAAAACCCUGUUAAUCAACCAAAGAACUGAAUGAAUUAAAUGAUUUUGCUCCUUUUUGCUAAUUCCUGGUAUUUUAGGGUAAUUCUCAUAGGGGGCGUCUAUUAUACAGGGAGUGUUUAUUAGGUAGCUCAUUUACGGUAUUAGUAAAACGUUAUUGGAGGCUAGGAAUGUUAUUUCGCGUCUUUUUGCUUCGUAUGUGAAAACUGGCUCUUAGUAUUGUAGAGCUACAAUCUUCCCUGUUGUAACGCGCGUGUUUAUUGCAGUUUAUGGUCACUUGACAUCUACAACGAAACCCUUUCUUGCUAAAAGUUUUUUAGUCUUCAGCUGUCGACUUUGCGAAAACUGGAGGUGGAGGGCUAUUGUCACCCCGAACGUUGGUCGUAGUGUUAGUUAAAAAUGGUUUUGGUGCCCGCUUCCCCCUUUCAUAGAGCAAGAUUGCACUUGCGCACAGCACGUGACAAACAAUUGUUUUCCUAUCAACAGCGUUUUUACUCUAUCUCAUCGUCCCCAGACCUCUUUCCUGGUGAAGUUCAUCUCACUGUAGCAGUUGUUCAAUAUGUUAAAAGAGGUAAGCAGGCGACCCCAUAGUAAUACGUUUCUUGGCACUGUUCACCAUAACGGUGCUGUUGUUGUUUUCUCUAUUGCCAGUGUAAUGGGGCAACUCGCUCAGCCGAAACGAAGAGGUACCGAACUUUCUGUCUCUCUCGUUUUGACAAGGCUUUAUUGGACUCUUCGGUUGUGACUAAGGCCCGGUUCAGACGCCGAACUUUUCAUGAGUCGAACCUAAUACGUUGAAUUAAGCACAUGAAAAGUUCGGCGUCUGAAUCAAUUAGGAACGCCUGUUUCAAUUUGAAACGGCACAGCCGUUUUUUUCGCCUAGUCCGGCCGGGAAUUUCGCCUUUGGAGCGACUUUGGAACGGCUUUGAUUCAGACGCCGAACUUUUCAUGUAUCGAACCUAAUGCAUAACUUGUUAUAACGUAUUUUGUAAGCAGUUUGUCCGAAAUGAGCAUUUUCCGCCUUUUGAACUUAGUUCAGAUGCAAUUAAGAUCGGCGUCUGAAUCCAAUUCAGCCGAUCUUAAGAAUUUGGGUCGGCCUUAAUUCGAAUUAGGUUCGGCUUAUGAAAAGUUCGGCGUCUGAACCGGGCCUAAUGCUUCUAUUACCAAACAAUUCCUCUUUAAAACCUUUUUUUACUUUCAAGCAAAACUUUACGAAGUUAUAUAGAAAGUUUUAACGAUGAUGACGCAAGUUCCAAAGAUGAACGCGGGUGGGAUUUUGUAGGACAACAUCUGCAAUCUACGCAAUCGUUUUGGUGAAUGCUGUUGUUCUUACUCCAUUUCAGGAGGCAAGGGACCCAUGCAUCACGGUGUCUGCUCAACCUGGCUGAACGGCUUGAAAGCGGGAGAUGAAGUACCCUGUUACGUAAGACAGUAAGUAGUCAAUUCAUGUUAAACUCAGUUGUGUCUGAUGAAUGACGAAAAUGCGUUUACAGUCAAUUCUGUACUGGCCCCAAGGGGCCAAAGUGGCGCGAGAAAGGAAGGCUCAGGAAUAAAAAAUGAUGUAAAUAACUCCUGGUGACACGUCAAAACACAAGCAGGUUAAUGCUGUUGUGUUCUUUGUCAAAUCAGACAGGGGAAACGAAAGCAAGCACUCACGUUGGCUGCAUCUUGAUGGAUUUAACAUCAGUUAGAAUCUGAUUACUCCAUACGCCACUUCCACAUUUCCCAUAAUGCACCAUAUUUGCCUCCCAAAAUUUUGUAUAAGCAAACAUUGCUUUCAAUUUCUCUUGGGACGGCUGUAAUACCCAGGAGAAAUGAAAAACAAAGGUUUUGCAAAAUUUAAGGGGGCAAAUAAGGUGCUUGGGGGAAAUGUGGAAGUGGCGUAUAGGCACACCCUUUGAUGGACAGCUAGCGAGAGGGAGUCUCUAGGUUUCUUGCCUGUGUGCCUAGACCCCACACAAUAAUUACACCGCCAGUCAUAGAAGGAUAAGCAGGCCUGAGUAUGCCCGACUUAUAGAGGUCCACGAUAUAUACUCGAGACUUCAAAUGACAACACCACGUGAAGUAUAAUUCCGUUCAGCGUGUCCAAACUCCAGUCGAGGUUACCGGGAAUAAUCUUGUUAACGCCCUGGUAGCCACUCAUUGUAACUCAGGGGGGGAUUCUGAGAUCCUCAAGUAAGUGGAGGGCAUCGUCCAGACCUUAAGAAAAGUGAGGGAGGGGGGCAGCCUCGAAAACAAUAGACCAUUUCCUAGUCUUUCAAAUGGAGGCUAAGCGCAAAAUCUUGCUUGUGUUAAUAAACAAAGGUCCAGGUAAGUGUUAUCAGCCGAGCUGAUAACACUUACCAGACCUUGAUUAUUUAGGAUAUCACAAAAACCGAAUCUAAUAAUUGUUUUAUUAUACAUUGUUUUGAAGAAAGUAACGACAAACACACCGUCGCAAGGAACCUGAAUUGAUAUUGUUAUUUGAAAUCAUGCAUUGCGCGCGCAACCCACAGAUUAGUCAGUUUUCUGCUAGUUGAUAACUAACUAAUCUGUGGGUUGCCCUGAUUUCCAAAAUUAUCCGUGGGCUCUUAGCCAGUGAGAAGACAGAUAGUGAGUACAAUGUAAAAUAAUGAGUUUUAUUUGCAUGAGAAUAGAAAAAAUCAUUUUCACGUCAACGGCUUCGCACUUGGUUUCGCUUUGAAACAGCGGCUUGGCGCAAUUCGGAAAUGGUCUACUUUUCUGGGUCCUGCGGGCGUCAGUUUGGCCUAAAAAUAAAGUCGGGUGCGGGCCCCCGAACCCCGUACCCUAGAUCCGCCAAUAAUAACAAUCAAGUAUCAGGCUUUGAGGAUCAUUGUCUUGCCAUUCAGAUACUUAAACUCUUAAAAAUCACUUUCUUUUGUACUGUUUGUUCUCUCUGUUCUUUGGUUCGAUCUUUGUUUAUUUGUUUUACAGAGCGAAAACUUUCCAUAUGCCUGAAGACGGCACAGUUCCAAUCAUCAUGGUGGGACCUGGGACGGGUAUCGCUCCAUUUCGCAGCUUUUGGCAACAACGUCAGUUUGACGUCAUCAACAAACCUGCUCCGAAAGCAAAAAGCCACGAUGUUACACCAGACUCAAGCCCUUUACCACGGCGCCGCGUGUCCUCUCCUGCAUUUAGCGGUAAUUCGUUAAACCCUUCAUCUAACAGAUGGGGAACGAUGGUUCUCUUUUUCGGAUGUAGAGAUUCAAAACAAGACUUCAUCUACAAGAAUGAGUUGGCAAAAGUGAAAGAUGACGGCGCGUUGACACAGGUUUUCCUAGCUCUUUCACGAGAACCCCAGCAGCCAAAGGUAAGGGGCAUGGCUCGGUUAUCAUUCGAUACACCAACGGGCAUUUUUGGCUGGAUGACCUCUAAAACCCAUAGCCUUAGACCUUGUAGCUAUGUUUUUGCAACCCUCUCCUGGACUAGACAUUAAUAUUCCAUCCCGGAAGUCCGCAGUUUGAUUCUUCGUCAACACUGUACUAGUCCAUGUAGAUUGUUGCAAAAUGAUAUCAUCUCUCUGGCCAAAACUAAGAUAUUUCUAUUUCCAACCUCAGACUAAUGUGCUCGAAAACCAUAUUAUCAUCAUAUCAUCAUCAUCAUCACCAUCGUCGUCAUCUUCACCACCAUUGUCCAGUUUUCGGCCUUCUCCUAAGUCGAUCGAACGCUAAAAACUUCCUUCUCCAAUCUUUCCAAUCUCUAACGCGUAGGAAGAAACCAGAGAAAAGAAGAAUCGAGGGACUAUUUUAACCUGGCAAACGUCACACGCAUAGCCUGAGUAUCAGGCGUUUCUGGGGAAAAGGAGGAAGAGAGAGGCGAAAAGGGGAGACAGCGACAUGGGGGACCCAAAUAGGUUUUUCGGGACCCGGGUUUUCCGUUAUUUGAAGCUCGGGAUUCGGGAUUUGAAAGCAAAAUUGGGGCGAGUUUCGGUAUUGAAAGUAUGCCCGCGAGGUGGGAUGCCAAAUAUAACCCUUGAGAUUACGGGAUUGUACAAAUUUUGGGUCGGGAUUACGGGAUUGAAGAAUCUCAUUGGGACCCUGCGACAUGUCCUCUUUGCUAACGUCUCAGGAAGGUUGAUUCUCUGGCUACACACGCACGACCUCUUGAUCAUAUUUCCACUUAGGAAAACUUUUCUUAGAGUUAUACGAAAUAAAAAGAAAGUUUAUCGAAACUUUGUUGUAAUAGCUUCAAACCUGUAGUAAAUACCACUUUCCUGAAAUAAGUGUGACUUACCAGUGUUAACAAUCAUGCGUUCUUUUCAAUCGUACAGAAGUACGUUCAAGACGUGAUGAAAGAAGAGGCAUUUGACAUCUGUGAACAACUCUUGAGCCAGAAAGCCCACUUUUACGUGUGUGGUGAUGUUAAGAUGGCUGACGGUGUCUGUAAAACCCUGCAGGUAGUUAUUUGUACGUUUUUUGUUACUGAGAUAAUUAUCACGAAGUAGCUUUCCAAUUGCGACUGCUUGUCCUUAACAGUAGGUAUGUCGGUCUUAACUCUAAACUGUGGACGAUCUAACUUCAAUUUAAAUCACACAACGCGAUUAUAUGAAAUAUGAUGCCACCCUCUCAACCAAUCACAAACAAAAAAGAGUCUAGUAGUGUCUUAGUCGAAAGUGUUUUCCCGCACUCGGUGUCGAUCUCUGAUAAUGUGAUUGGAUUAAGUUUGGCGCCACCUUCUCAACCAAUCAAAAACUAAAAAAAAUCUAGUAGUAUCUUGGUGGUUUUCUGCGCUUGGCUCCAAUUGUAUGCAGUGGCUUCCAUCUCGGACUAUGUUUGGUCGGUAACAACUACUACCUUACAUUAAACAGCCCGAUUUCCAAUUUCUCGUAGGCACUCCUUCAAGAAUACGCUGCCAUGUCUCACCAAGAAGCUCAAGAGACAAUUGAUAAAUGGAAGGUAUUGUUGAACAAGUACAGCCCAAUUUUUCCUUGCAUGAUAAAACUCAUAGGUCACGAGGACAGUCUCAGGGCUCGCACAGUCUUGAAAAUUCCUUUGAAUUUUAGGGGAAGUCCUUGAAAAGUCUUUAAAUUUCUGUGCAAGUCCUUGAAAAGUCCUUGAAUUUUUUUCAACUUUGAAUGUAGUGGCGUGGAAAGUUUUUUUGAUGCUUUUUGGUUGUCCAAGACAAAUAUUGAUCAUGGCUCAGACAAUUUAAAGGUUACUUAUAUAGAGUGCACAAUAAUUAACUAUCAAUUUAAGACAAGUGAACUGAAAAAUGUAGAGAAGAUGGUGAAGCAAACAGUUCAAGACUUAACGCCUUAUUAGAAUAGAAUGGGAAUGUGCAUUUUUGUACAAUCUGUGAAAUCAUAUUCCUAGUAAUUGGACCUCUAAAAAUCUAAUGUGGUCCUUGAGAAGUCCUUGAAAAGUCCCUGAAAAUGGUUGCAUUUCUUUGCAUGAACCCUGAUAGAGUAAAUGGCUGUCAUUUGAUUUUGUUUGAGUUCAGAUGGUUACGUCAUCGCGCGGUGACGUUAAGUAGUUGGCCUUGAAUCUUUCAUCCUUUCUCGUCAAUUGAAAGUGGACGUAAAAGAACCCACACAGCUAUUCAAAAGAUGGAGGGGUCCUUUAGCCCUGUGGUGUGGUCUUCUAUCUUUAGUGGGAAGAUGGGACUGUAACGAGCCCUCAGUAAUUCCCCUGCCAAGAAUAAAUUAAUGUAAUUAUGAAAAGUAUUACAGUUACUUUGGUGGUUAAACCACAUAUAUGAAAAAAGAGAACACAGAUUUGAAAAAGAGAGCCUUUUACAUUUGGAAUAAAAUCGCAAUAAGUCUAAGGUCUUUUUCAGAGCUCUGGGCGGUAUCAUGAAGAUAUAUUUGGAGUGACGCUAAAGACACGAGAAGUCACCACCCGCGUGCGAUCCGCGGCAAAAAGGUUUGUUACUAAGCUGCCGUUACUAUUAAUUUAAGAAACAAAAGCUUUGAUUGUCGAUAUGAGCAGGAUAUCGGGUUGUGUCAUGUGUCAAUAUAGGCCUAUCUUUAUUACCAUGGUUCUGCCAAUAUAGGCCUAUCAUGCUUAGAUGUUUCUAGGUUUUAGACAUUUUGUCAAUGUUUAUCUAUUAAAUAGUGUUUCAUUCGUCAAGUAAACAGUGUUAUCUGCUCAUUGAACACCUGAAGUUUGGUCACUCUGCUGCAGCCCCACCGCCACCCCCACCCUUCUUUCUCUCCAACCCUACCCCACCUUCUCUAAGUGGCGUGUUGUAUUCACUCCUUCCUGCUUUCUGUCUUUUUUCCCUCCGUUUAGAUCAUGGGAGUAUUUCAGACGUCCGAUUUUAUCUAAAGUAAGUCAUAGACAUUAUUUGAUUAAGGCGGGGGCGGGGGGGGGAGGAAACUAGCUUCCAGGCGGGAAUAGGCACGGGUCAGCCUAGUCCCUAGGCGUUCUCUCUUGCCCCGUUGUCUGGGCAAAGUCUCGUGGUAGAGUCCAGGAUUGACCCAGCCGAGAACGCCUAGGGACUAGGCUGGGCACGGGUAACUUGUAGACAGGUAUAUAGCUGUGUUAGGGCCCGAACCAUCUUAUACAAGCUUUAUUUCUUGCUGUAUUUCUUGUAGAGGCUAACUACAGUUUAUUCUUGAUAUAAACAGAAGUACCAAAGUCUUAAAGCCGUCAGUGAGAUGGAGGAUGGUGCAACCAGUGUAAGUACAUAACAAAGACAAAUACAUUUUUGAUAAAAAUCGCAAAAUAGUGCGGUUAUAUUUUGGUGUAGAAUACUAGAGACCAUUAGAUUUUAACACGAGGACGACAACGAGAUUUUCUCAAUAUUAGGCUAGUGAGCUCGCGUGAACCAACUUCAUUUUGGCGGGAAAACGCCGGUUCUAAGGAAAAUGUUUUAAGUUAUCAAAUGUUAGAAAUUUUAUCGUUAUGCGAUCGGGAGAGGGCAUAAAAAACCGUGUUAACUUUGGGAGUAAAAAGUAAACGGAAUCUUUUCGCCGGGAGUGUUUAUUUUUGAGAACACUCGAAACAACAAAAAAAAAGCUCGGAGGAUUUUUGGCUAAACUAGGUGAAAUUUAGCCGAUCCCCCCUUUGAAUGUUACUAAACUAAAGUGAUCCCCCCUAAUAACUUUUGACGACUUUCGCAAUCCCUCCCCCAUGUCUUCCUUUCUCAAGCAAAUUUGAGUGCCCCCUCCUUCCUCUGAAUCCUUCCAAAGUUUUCAGUGACCCCUCUUUUGGGUUCUCAGUUACGACCGAUCCCUUCUUUUGUUCUCCUAAAAGUCUAGUGAUCCCCCCUAAAACCCUCCGUCCGCCCCCCGGCGAUAAAUAAUGACCGGUCCCUAAAGGUCUCUACGUACUAGCGGUUUUUCAGUGAAUCAAUUAGAAGCAUCGCUCUCCAUUUCCAUCGAUUGAUAGUCAACAAUCUGCCGCGAUAGAAAUCUCAAAUCCACCUUCUAUUUGAAGAGUACUACUAUGAAUACAUGAGGGGGUCUCGUUUGUUAUACGUCUAAAAUCCUGCAAAUUAUUCUCUUUACAGACGACGAAACAGGGAUCUCCUCAGUUUGUUAGAGCCUCUUCCACAGUGUACUAACCAUUGAGGAGGAGAUGGACAAGUCAACAAACCGACGGGAAUCAACAAAUAUUGCAAGAACGCAUAGAAUAAACUAUUGCCGGAAUAUCGCACUCAAUAGAGAGAUUAAGAUUCACGUUUGCGCCAAAUGGCAAACGUGAAUUUGUAGCACGUGAUCAACUUUUCCCGUUAAUUGUCGUUUAGUGAUUAUUACUUCUACCCAAAAAUAAGUAGUUUCAAGCCAGUUUUUUCCAUAAGAAUUGUUCUGGACAGUUUUUAUCUGCUUCUUUUUCAUUCCGAGAAAUUCUCAACCUGAAUCUGACGUUUGCCGUUUGCCGUAAACGUGAAUCUUAAACCCUCUAAUCUCCAUUCACUAACGUAAAUAUACGGCUAAAGUACUUCACCUAAAAUACUUCAACUGUAAUGGUUGCCAUGCGCGGGCAUUCUAGUAGUAAAGCAACUUUUUCUGACCGAUGUACAUUUUUUCCUAUCCAAAAGAUUGAAGACCUUUUUCGGAAAUAUCCUACAUUAAUUUUGCUUGUUUGCCGCUACUUUAGUCUCUGAAACUGAAACCAUCAGUGAUAAAAUUAGCUGAUAUUAUUCGCCGACAAAACGCAAAGCGACUGAGCGAGAGUUCCUAAGCAAUAUUUAAUGAUUAUUUAACCAAUCGGAGUGCGCACUUUACUUAAAAUAGGUACGGAUUACAUAUAUAUUAGCAGUUCUUGUUUGGAAUACAGUGGUAGUUUCAAUUUAACGAGGUGGCGGG